CUCCUUCUUACGCGCAUUAUUUGUUACGAGGAGUAGCCUACUAAAGGAUUUGUCUUUGUCCAGCGACUCGAGGAUCAAACUUUUUUAUCUAUGGGAGGAUUAUGGACUUUGCCGUUUGCCGUAAUCAUUCUUCAGAUCUUCACCGCUGGAUAUUGUAAAGGGGAAGGACCAUGUCAACUCGGAUUAAGUUCAAAACUUUUCAUGUUCAGAGUAAACCGAAAUCACGAUCACAUGGACAAGAUACUUGGCAAAGUGAUUUUUUCUGACUGCAGUGGCCACAGGAGAACUCAGAUCGAGGUAGAUGACGCCCAGUUUAAUGUGGACCAAGAUGGAUCACUCAAGCUGAUGAAAGCUGUGCUGUCACCCAAACAACACGAUAGCUUUUUAAUCCAUGCCUUCGACUCCAAUGGUAAAGAAUUUACAACCUGGGUCAGAGUAAAACAUGAUCCUGCAAGCCACCAGUACUCUGAUCUUCAUCAUCCCAAUUACCACCAUUCCCAUGCCAUCGAUAGUGUCUUUGCUGAACAGGUCUCAUCUCCUCCAGCUGUUGAUGUGCUAAUGUUUCCGCAUACUUCACAAGGACUGAGGAGGAGGAAGAGGGACUGGGUCAUUCCUCCCAUUAACUUUCCAGAGAAUGACCGGGGGCCCUUCCCCAAACAAGUGGUACAGAUCAGGUCCAAUAAGGAUAAGAAGGUGAAAAUGGAGUACACAAUUUCUGGCCCUGGAGCAGAUGAGGCACCACUGGGGCUUUUCACCAUUGAUAGAACCUCUGGUUGGCUGUAUGUCACCCAGCCAUUGGACAGAGAGAAACAAGAUCAGUAUACUCUCUUGGCACAUGCUGUAGCAGUGGGGCAGGGUAUAACCGAAGUGCCCAUGGAAAUUAUUGUGAAAGUAAUUGAUCAGAACGACAACAAGCCCGAGUUUACCCAAGAUACCUUUGUGGGCAGUGUUGCUGAAGCAUCAGCACUAGGUCUUGAAUUUAUGAAGGUCACAGCUAAUGACGCGGAUGAAUCUGGGUCACUCAAUGCUGAUAUCAAGUACAAAAUUCUGAUCCAGGAGCCAGAACUUCCCAAUUCAAAUAUGUUUUCUAUCAACCCUGUGAGUGGAGGGAUUAGACUGAGCUCCCCUGGACUUGACAGAGAGAAACAUCGGAAAUAUACAUUGGUCAUUCAAGCUGCUGACAUGGAUGGGGAAGGUCUCACAAGUACUUGUAGAGCAGUCAUCACAGUAGCGGACAGCAAUGACAAUGCUCCUCAGUUUGACAGUACAUUGUACACAGCCACUGUCCCUGAAAAUAAAAUGGGUUUUGUAGUGGUGAAAAUGCCAGUGACCGAUGCGGAUGAGCCACACACACCUGCAUGGUCGACCAAAUACAAAAUCGUUCAAGGCAACGAUGGUGGAUUCUUUAACGUCAGCACUGGACCAAACAAGCUGGAGGGAAUUAUUACUACAGUGAAGGGCCUUGAUUUUGAGAAUAGCAUGAAGUACACCUUGCUGGUCACUGUGGAGAACGAUAUCGAAUUUGCCACUCGUCUGCUCACCUCCACCACAACAGUCAUUGUAAAUGUGGAGGAUGAAAACGAGGCUCCUGUCUUCAUGCCAAAAGAGAAAUUGAUUGUGAGACCAGAGGACAUGGCAGUUGGCAGUGAUCUGAUUCGAUAUGUAGCGACCGAUCCUGACACUGCAAGGAAACAGACUCUGUGGUAUAAAAUUGGCUCUGAUCAAGCUGGAUGGCUGAAUGUCAGUAGGGAGACUGGACAAAUCACUGUCAAGAGUCCCAUGGACAGAGAAUCUCCCAAAGUCACGGCUGGCAAAUAUAAAGCACUCAUCUAUGCCAUUGAUAAUGAUGAUGUUCCUGCUACUGGCACUGGAACCCUGCUGAUUGAGUUACAAGAUGUAAAUGACAAUGCUCCAACUAUUGAUCAAGGACAAAUACAUGUUUGCAACCAAGAUUCUGAACCAGUCCUGCUGUCCCUCACUGAUAAAGAUGGGCCUGGUUUCACAUCCCCAUUUCGAGUAGAGCUCCAGGGAACGUCUAGGAAAAACUGGACUGCCAAAAUGAAUGACACAAAAACUGGCAUCUUACUGACACUCAAGACCAAAUUGGACGCAAAUGUCUACAGUGUUAUACUCAAGGCCUUUGACAGUCAUGGGCUUCACCAGGAGAAUACGGUUAAGGCCACUGUCUGUAACUGCAGAGGAGCCAACGUCGUCUGUAGUGACCCAAGGACGGACAUUGGGAUGCCUGUCAUUUUUGGAAUUUUAGGAGGCGUCCUGUUCCUACUUUUGGUGCUACUGCUGCUGCUUCUCUUCCUGAGGAUGAAGAGGAGGAGGAGCCUGAAGGAGGAGCCUCUGCUCCAGGAUGACGACGUUCGUGACAACAUCUACUGCUAUGAUGAGGAAGGUGGAGGAGAGGAAGAUCAGGAUUAUGACUUGAGCCAGCUGCACAGGGGCCUGGAUAACCUGAAGCCUGAAAUCUUCCGUAACGAUGUGGCUCCAACAUAUUUCAUUGCACCACAAUACAGGGCCCGACCAGCAAACCCUGAAGAAAUUGGUAAUUUCAUUGAGGAUAACCUGAUGGCAGCAGACAGUGACCCCACUGCUCCCCCAUACGACUCCCUGCUGGUGUUUGACUAUGAAGGAGGAGGCUCAGAUGCUAGCUCCCUGAGCUCCCUUAACUCCUCCAGCUCAGGGGACGACCAGGACUAUGACUACCUGACCGAAUGGGGGCCUCGCUUCAAGAAACUGGCAGACAUGUAUGGUGCAGACGAUGACUGAAAGCCUGGUCACCGGCAUGGCCUGGUCACCAAAUGUCCCCUCUGCUCUUGCUCUUUAUAACAACUUUACAGCCAAGUGUUUUUUUUGGAGGGGGGGGGGGGGGGGGAGGCAGCACCUUGCAGUGUGAGAAUGUGGUUUGGGUGUAUAGGACCAUUUUGGGAUUCUGCUGAGCACUCGGUCUUCAUGUGAGAGGGAAAGUUUACAUUUUGAACUCUGAUCAUUGAGAGCAAUGUGAAGCACUGCACACUUGCGUUACUGACAGUUGAUUUUUUUUUUACUUUUACAGUUUGUACUUGUACUGAAAUGGUGACUUGUAAAUAUGAUUUGAAUUUGAAGUUUUGUCACUUAAGACAUUCUCAGGAUUUUUGCUUUACUACUGAGAUGGACACUGAUUUCAGGUAUCUAUAAAAGCAAGGAGAAGUUUUACAUUUUUUUAAAUAAAGUUGGCAUGUUUCAGGUAAUAUUCCGAAUUAUUACUCAAAUGCACCCUCAAGAUGAAAGCAACUGCCGAAGGUUUUUUUUUUCUUUUUGGUAAUGCUGAAUUGCAUGAAAAUGUUGUAACCCAAAUGCUAUUUGUACAAGGGUUGGAUGGAAAUCAGUUUAUUAAAACUAAACCUGGAACAUGC